AUGUCUAUCUCAAGCUUUCCAGAUGAGAUCCAAGAAGAGAUUUUAUUAAGGUUACCACUCAAAUCCAUCUUGCGUUUCAAGUCUGUAUGCAGGACCUGGUAUACAAAUAUUGGUAGUCCUAAAUUUAUCAAUAACCACCGUAAUCUUGCCAAGAAAUACCCUAAAAUCAUGAUCAGAGAUGCUGCACUUGUAGGUAAUAAUUGCAAUGAUGUGUUUUAUUCUGUUGAUUAUGCUUCGAUACUAUCAGCGUCAACAUCAUUAUCUUUGACGACAUGCGAGUGUGAUGGAGCUGUUCUAAUGGAUAAUCCAAAAUUGAAAAGAAAGUACGGAGUUGAAGAAAGUCGUUUCAUUCAAAUUUUGGGAUCUUGUAAUGGCUUGCUUUGUUUAGGUGCCGCUAGCAGUGGUGCACUAAUUCUUUGGAACCCAUCAACCAAAGAGUACAAGGAAAUUAUGCUACCACCGGUAAAUCUUCCGUGGCCUUCCUACGGGUUUGGUUACGAUAGCAAAUUUGAUGAUUAUAAGUUGGUAUGUAUAGUAGAGAAUGAAGUUUAUGUGUAUACGUUAAGAUCGAAUACAUGGAGAACAGUCAACACCAUAGCUUGUGGGUAUCUUGAAUCAACAGGUUUGCAUCUGAAUGGUGCUCUUCAUUGGAUAGGGGCUACCAAUAAAACCAUCAGAGACAUAGUUGCUUUUGACAUUAGCAGUGAGAAGUUCAUGAAUUUGCCUAUUCCAGACGAAAUUCUUCUACUUCCAAAAGGUAGCUACUGUGAUCUCACAGUGUUGGGAGAUUCUCUUUGCAUCGUAUGUGGUGUUUUUAAUGAUUGGGUUGAUAUAUGGGUCAUGCAAGAUUAUGGAGUUGGAGAAUCUUGGACUAAGCUAAUCACCACUUCCCAAAGAAGUACCAUAAAGCCGUACUGGUCAUUAAAAAAUGGGGAGAUUCUAAUACAAAAUCCCCAGGGUUUCGUUUUGUAUGACCAGAAGAAUGACAGAGUUAGGUUUCUGAAAUUCAGUGGCAUUGAUGGUUUUGGAUAUCUUCAAUCACAGAGUUACAUUGAGAGCUUAGUUUCACCAAACACAAGUACUUGUGCAGAAAAAAGAAGACAAAAACGUAAACGUGAUCCUAAUCCUGUUUAUUGA